AUGGGCCUCUUGGCGCCGGCCGACGCGGCGUUUGAUCCGUUCGACUCGUAUCCGGCAACGAGGCUCCCGCGCGUCCAUGUACAGCGCCUGAUGCAGCACUUCUUAUCUACGAUUGCCUUUCAGUAUUACCCUCUAGACCUAAACAUGGAGUCCAACCCGUUCGUCGUGGCGUGGUGGCCCCUGGCCCUCGCCGACCCGGCCCUGUUCCACGUCUCGAUACAGACGGCGUCCCUGGACGAGGAACUGCGCGCCCGGCGCGGGUUUCCCAUCUCGGAGCUAUUGAUGGCGGAUUCAGUAUCCCUUGUCAGAAGGAAGAUUGCGGACUCAUUAUUGGCGGUCCAGGAUGAGACCAUGAAUGCAGUGGUGACGCUGGCUGCGAUCGAGCACGGCAAGGGCAACUUUGAAGCAAGUCGGAUGCACAUCGAUGGUGUGAAGCGAAUGGUGGACGUCAGGGGAGGCAUCAGCCAGGUGAAGCGGACGAGCCCCCUCACAGCACGAAUGGUUCCAUGGGUAUCUCUGCUCGUAACGGGUACUCCCCAAUUCACAGUACAGGACGAUGAUGGUUUUGGUGACGGAUUGAGUCCGAUACCACAGUGGCGGCUGGCUCCAAGCACUACAGAGCUCGACACCGGCCCGUUCAGCGGUGCAGACAUCGACCACGACGUAGCCAACAUCCUCAGCCGCCUGCUUUACAUAUUCGAACCUCUCGAGCAGCCACGGCUAACCAACGCCGACCUGCACGACUUGACAUGCUUUGCGGUACACAAGCUCUUGCUAUUGCCCGAAACGCCGUCAGGGGGUGGGGCUGGAGAAUCGAGCAGGCCCGCAGUAUCCGAAUGCCUCCGGUACGCCAUGGUCCUGUACAUGCUAGUCCUGCAUGGCACGACAUAUUACUCUCACGUCCAUCUAGUCAUGGCCGUGGUACAGCAACUUCAGAAGCAGAUCGAAGCGCUGGCCGAGUCGCUGCAUCUGCACGGACCCCUGGGAAUCUGGGCCGUGUCGGUCGGCAUGGCCGCAGCAGCAGACAUGGACGACGCGUGCGCGUGGUUCGUGGAGCAGGGUCGCUUUCUUGCCCGCGAGCUCGAUCUCGCCACUUGGGACGAUGUUCUCAUGCAGCUGCAGAGCGUUCUUUGGUCGGAGGGGAACGAACCUCUUUUCCGGCGCCAGUGGAUCAGACUGUUUGAUACGAUACCGUGA